AACAGAAUCAACCACAGCCUCCACUCAGCGGGCGCACGCGCUCGCUCGCGCGCUCUGCCCGCCUGCACACUGCACAUGGAUUUGGCGCGCUCAGAAGUGUAUUCAGCGGACAUCUCGGCGCAAGUGGUUUGUAUGACUUCUCGCUCUUGAUGCUGAGGACUGCUCAGAACUUACGCUAAAGAGAGAUAUUAUUUAUGAAACCAGCAAGGAAUGAAGAUGAACCUCGUAAACAACUGUUUGGCUUUCCUCGUAGUUUGGCACGCGCACGCGGUCAGCGGGAGACAUGCAAACUGUCACUUUCUGUAUGAGCUGCAGAUGGCUGAGAAGGAAUGUUUGGGCUUGCUGGCAGAUGAGCUGCCUCCACACACUAAUGGUUGCAGGGGGAUCUGGGACAAUAUUUCUUGCUGGCACCAUGCAGAUAUCGGAGAGGUGGUGGUCAAUACUUGCCCUGCUGCCCUAAAAUAUUUUUUCACCAGAGAUGGCAUCAUUAGCAGGAACUGCACUACGGAAGGCUGGUCCGACGUGUAUCCCAGCAUCAACAGCGUUUGCUCUGAGGCCACCCCCAAUGCAACCAAGCUUGUUUUCUACAUGGUGAUGAAGACCCUUUACACACUCGGACACAGCCUCUCUCUCAUCGCACUCAUCACCGGCAGCAGCAUCCUCUGUCUGUUCAGAAAGCUCCACUGCACCAGGAACUACAUCCAUCUGAACCUGUUCUUCUCGUUCAUUCUGAGGGCCAUCGCUGUGCUGGUCAAAGAUGCCAUUCUGUUUUCCCACGAGAAUGUAGAAUGUACAAAGCAGCCAUCACUGAUUGGUUGCAAGGCCAGUCUGAUCAUCUUCAACUACUUCAUCAUGGCAAACUUCUACUGGUUGCUGGUGGAAGGACUGUACCUACAUACUCUACUGAUGGUCAUCUUCUCUGAUAACAGACACUUCAUUAUCUAUCUCCUCAUCGGCUGGGGAUUCCCCACCGUGUUUCUGAUUCCAUGGAUUGUAUGUAGGAUUUACCUUGAGGACACAGGAUGCUGGGAGAGAAAUGAUGUUCCGAUUCCCUGGCGGGUGAUUAACUGGCCAAUCAUGGCAUCUGUUAUUUUAAACUUUAUUCUGUUCAUCAGCAUCAUUCGAAUCCUGGUCCAGAAACUGAGGUGUCCUGAUGUCGGAGGAAAUGAUCAGUCCCAGUACAGGAGGUUAGCCAAAUCCACACUUCUCUUGAUCCCUCUCUUUGGCAUCAACUAUGUUGUUUUCGUUUACAUCAUAGAUGAAAAUGGAGAGAUGGAAAAUUAUAAAAUAUUCUUUGACCUUGGUCUGGGAUCUUUUCAGGGCUUGGUGGUUGCGAUUUUGUACUGUUUUUUGAAUAGUGAGGUCCAGAGCGAACUCAAGAGGAAGUGGCGGAGUUUGUGUUUAAAGCGUUACAUCGGUCGUGACUACCGUCUGCACAGUUCAUCCAUAUCCAGGAACGGCACGGAAAACAUGGUCCGAUUCCAUCGGAACUCCAGAGCCCAGUCUUUCCUACAGACUGAGACAACCGUGGUGUGAGACCUCCAGAAGCGGCGCUAUAUGAAUCAUGUUCUUACUUCACUGCCCCUCAGCCAACAACUCAGUAUUUUUCAAAAGCUUUAAGCUGAAGAGGACAAAGCUUUCUGAAACAUGAGAUUGACGUGCAUAUGAUAUGAUGAGGAUUCAGCAUCUCUGAGGCACAACACUGUUUUGUCAGUAUACAAUGCAAAAUCUCGUUUCAUAGCAAAUUUUGCUAUAAACCACCAAAAUAGCACAUUAAACCAAAUCUCUGUGGGAUAAUAUUGGUGGCAUUAAAAACUACAAUUCCAUUUUUUCAGAUGCAGAUUACAUAUACAUUGCUCUUUGUAAACUCUUUCAUUGCAUUAGGGUCAGAUUAUAUAAUAGUGUUAUGUAAAUGCUACUUAAGGCCCACAGCAAUUUUCUAAGACGUUCAUGGAGACACAGCGCCAAGCUAUCAACUCAGCCACCUCACCAAGAACAUGUUUUAAAUGAAUUCAAGAAGUGGGUCACCUCUAUGCCAAACUCAAAUGUGAGGUUUUAUAAAGAGGACAUUAUGGCUGGAGGUGUCCAAAUUAGCCAGGGACUCAUUUCAAGAGAGCAUGUCUUCAGAUACAUGUUGAAACUGAAAAGUCAGUCAUGCAUUCAAACAAAAAAUGGUGAUUGUAAGAAAAAGCAAAAAUUAUUUAACUGAUAUUGAACUGUUCUUGCAUCUACAGCAUUUCAUAGUGUUAUGUUGUCAUUAUACUACCCCUUGGACUUUUUCCCCCUCUUGUAUUCCUUGAAGAAAAGCCACAAUAUA